GUUGUCUUUUGUUCUUAUUUUCGUUUGCCCUUUUACGCUUUCCUCAAGGGCAUUGCUGGGUGUCUUGUCGUUGAAGAAGUUUCAAGGUUCCCCCACCCAGAAAUAUAUGCUUUCCCAACUUCAGGAAUAUAAUUGAUUUUCCCCAUCUGGGUUUUAAUGGAACUCGUCAAUCCCUUUUAAGUUAAGACUUGAGACAAAAAACCUUUUGAAAACUCCUACAUUUUUCUCCAAAUUUGACUUUCAAAUGGCGUACAAUUGAGAAACUCUUCUUAUUCUCCUAUUAUUUUGCUUUGCUUUUAUACAACUUCUCUCUCUUUCUCUCUCUGUCUCUCUUCUUUUUUAUUUAGGAUUUAUUCUGUGCACGUGAAUGAUCGAAAUUAUUUCCUUUUCCCAUUUUCCUCUGCGAUUGUUCCUUUGCCCUGCCAGAUACUGCUCUGAAUCGAAAGAAACAAUAAAAGGGUAUCCUUGUUUUUCUUUUCAUAUCUGUCCUCCUUCAAUAGAUUAUUCAUUUACCUCAGAAUAAAGAGGCUCCGAACAAGAAUAUAUAAUUGUAUAUAUUUUUUUCUGAUGAAACUGUAAAACAAAUGUUGCUUUUGAGAGAGUUGGGAUCAUAUCUGAUCUGGGUCUGCUCUACUUUCACGGUUCCUUUGGUUUGUUGAUUGGUUAGAGUUAGAGAUUUAAUUGGCCAUGAGCAGAUAACAUUGCGCAUUAUGGGUUGGCUUAGCAAAAUUUUUAAAGGCUCUAGCCAAAAAAUUUCUGAAGGUCAUGGUGGCCAUUACCAUGAUAGAUAUGGAGAGGAUCCAACUUCUUAUACUCCUUCCCAUUCAGGGGAAAUGUGGUCAGGAAAUGAGAAUGAGGAUAUUGACCGAGCAAUUGCACUGUCUCUCUUAGAAGAAAACCAAAAAGGAAAAAGGUUAAUUGAUAAUGAGUCUCAACUGGAAGAAGAUGAGCAACUUGCUCGAGCUAUACAAGAAAGUCUUAUUGUGGAGUCUCCUCCCACAUAUGGAAAUGGAUAUGGAAAUGGAAAUGGAUAUGGAAAUGGAUAUGGUUAUGGAAAUGGACAUGGGAAUGGGAAUGGGAAUGGUAACCACAAUAUAUAUCAACCUAUCCCAAUGUACUACCCAAUGGGGUACAGGAUAUGUGCUGGUUGCCAAGCCGAGAUUGGUUAUGGACGCUAUUUGAACUGCUUGAAUGCGUAUUGGCAUCCAGAAUGUUUUCGCUGCCAUGCUUGCAACCUUCCAAUUUCUGAUUAUGAGUUUUCAACAUCUGGAAACUACCCCUAUCAUAAGUCUUGUUAUAAGGAGAACUAUCAUCCAAAAUGUGAUGUUUGUAAACACUUUAUUCCAACAAACCAUGCUGGUCUUAUUGAAUAUAGGGCACAUCCAUUUUGGAUCCAGAAAUACUGCCCUUCUCAUGAACAUGAUGGUACUCCUCGGUGCUGCAGCUGUGAAAGAAUGGAGCCACGAGACACGCGAUAUGUCACCCUUAAUGAUGGUCGAAAGCUCUGCCUAGAAUGCCUUGACUCUGCAAUCAUGGAUACCAGUCAAUGCCAACCUCUCUAUCUUGAUAUACAAGAAUUUUAUGAAGGUUUAAAUAUGAAGCUGGAGCAGCAAGUUCCAUUACUCUUGGUUGAAAGACAAGCACUAAAUGAAGCAAGAGAGGGAGAAAGAAAUGGCCAUUAUCACAUGCCUGAGACCAGAGGUCUCUGCCUUUCCGAGGAACAAACUAUUAGCACUAUAUCAAGGCGGCCAAAGUUUGGAGCAGGAAACCGAGCCACGGAGAUGCUAACAGAACCAUACAAACUCACACGUCGCUGCGAGGUGACUGCGAUUCUAAUAUUGUAUGGGCUCCCAAGAUUGCUGACAGGGUCAAUCCUAGCUCAUGAGAUGAUGCAUGCAUGGCUACGGCUCAAAGGUUAUCGAACUCUGAGUCAGGAUGUUGAAGAAGGAAUCUGUCAAGUUGUGGCUCAUAUGUGGUUGGACGCAGAGCUCAUGUCUGGAUCAGGCAGCAAUGUAGCGUCGACCUCAUCAUCAUCCUCAUCAUCAUCCUCGCUGUCAUCAUCGUAUUCUUCAACUGCAUCGAAAAAGGGAACGAGAUCUCAGUUUGAGAGGAAGCUUGGGGAGUUCUUUAAGCAUCAGAUAGAGUCAGACAUUUCACCAGUGUAUGGAGAUGGAUUUAGAGCCGGUCAACAGGCAGUGCACAAAUAUGGUCUUCGCAGGACCCUCGACCAUAUUCGAAUGACGGGGACCUUUCCUUAUUGAUAUACCCGAUUCUUUUCUUUUUCUUUCUUUAUUUUUUCCUUCCUUUUAGCAGAAUUAAAGCUUGCUCUUUUGAUUUUUUUUUUUUUUUUUUCAACUGAUUCGAUUGACAGUGCACAGAAUAUUCAUUCAGUAUAAAGCAGGUUUUAGUGGUGCUGGUUC